CUGGGCUGCCCAAUGGAUACCGAAGUCGGCGACACCGAAGGGCUGACGAACUUCCAGGGUAUUCUGGCAGGACUAGGCAUCCCUCUCCCCGACCCGUUUGGCCGCCCGGUCCCCGAUUCGUUCAGAAGGGCCUUGUCUUCCGUGUUCCCCAAGAAAAAGCCAGCACCGCCUGCCGUCAAGAAGUCCGCUCCCGCCAAGCCCGCUGCCGCUAAGCCCGCCACCGGUGCUAAGCCCACCACCGGGGCUAAGCCCGCCGCUGCUAAGCCUGUCGCCCCCGUCAAGAAGAAAGCACCGCCUGCUGCGGGUGCGAAGAAGGCUACACCGGCGAGGCCUGUCGCUAAGCCCGGCAUGCUGAACAUGCCUACCGUCACGCGCGCGAAGAAGACCGCACCGCCUGCGAAGAAGAAGCCGGUUCCGGCAAAGCCCACCGCGAAAAAUGUUGCCAUGCUGAAGAAACCCGCCAUGCUGAAGAAACCCGCCAUGCCGCCCGCCAAGAAACCCGCCCCGGCGGCUGCCAAGCCUGCCGCCCCACAGUCCGCCGCCGCACCAAAGGCGAAGCCUGCCACGCCGCCAAAGAAAUCGGCGGCACCUGCGGCGGCGGCCGCUAGCAAGGCGCCUGCAGCGGCGAAGAGCGGCGGCGGGUCUCCAUUCGGAGGGAUGUUCAACUUCGGCGGCGGCGGUUCGGGGGCGGGCGGCGCAGGAGGCGCUAAGAAGGAUAAGAAGGAGGCGGUAGCGACGGAGGCGAAGAAGGAAGCGCCCAAGCCGGCGGCGCCUAAGAAGGUGGCUGCUCCCAAGAAGGCGGCUGCCCCGAAAAAGGCGGCGGCACCUGCGGCGGCGACCGCUAGCAAGGCGCCGGCAGCGGCGAAGAGCGGCGGCGGGUCUCCAUUCGGAGGUAUGUUCAACUUCGGCGGCGGCGGUUCGGGGGCGGGCGGCGCAGGAGGCGCUAAGAAGGAUAAGAAGGAGGCGGUAGCGACGGAGGCGAAGAAGGAAGCGCCCAAGCCGGCGGCGCCUAAGAAGGUGGCUGCUCCCAAGAAGGCGGCUUCUCCCAAGAAGGCGGCUGCCCCGAAAAAGGCGGCCCCUCCCCAAAAGGCGGCUGCUCCCGUGACGCAGGCGAAACCGGCUCCGGCUGUUGCGAAGGCGACGGGGGGCGUGACCUUCUCCCCUGCCUUAGCACAGAAGCUCGAGGAGGCCUUGGGCUCUUCCUCCAAGGUAGAUCAGCUCUCCAAACGGACAGAGCUCUUCGCCAGGGGCGGUAUCUCCGCAAUGGACUACUGGUUCACACUCAAGAAUACGCUUGGUCCUGACGGAGUGCAGAACCUCGGGCCAGACAUAAUCGGUGCGCUGCCGUCGGGUAACCAGAAGAGCGCCAUCUUCAAGCUUUAUUCGACGAGCUAAGGUUGUGUGGCCAAGAUGCGAUGGUCGUGUGUUCGGGUAGACGGUCGCCCAGUGCUGCUACAGUAGAUACUGCCGUGAGUUGAUCUGAUGGGCAGGGUGAAGAGCCGCGGUAUGCGGCAACCGCCAUACUUGGCAGAAAAACUUGGGGCGCAGCGCGCGAGAAAGCCGCUCCAGCACGCACGUACGUGGCUGGUGGCUCCUGUGGUACCCGUCGCCAUGCUCGUUGCUCUUUCGGUGCUUUGACACGAAGAAGGAAGGGCCCAUUCUCAGACAGACGGGAAUGGACGCAGCGGGAGGCAUUUCAUGGAGUCCACGAACGCACGGCGCUUGGAUCUUUUACGCCGACUAUUAUAGCACUAGUAUUGUCUAGGUGGCUGCCUUCGUAGACAUACAUGUAUCAUAAGUUAUGGUAAAAUGGCAAUCUAAUGUAGUAAACUUCAAAAUUUCAAACUGCUCUGUGGAGUGAUCGUGCAGAGACGCCACACACGUUUACCGCUGUAGUUCAUAUAUCGGCGAAUCGUGAACCGAUCGUUUCGUCUGCAUGGCUGAGGGUAUGGUGUGGUAUUUACCAGAGAGUACGGCAAUCGGGAUCGCCUUCGAUGCUAACUACAGUGCAGCAGCAUGUAGUCCAUGUGCAUCCUUCUUUGUGGGCAGUUGUUCGUUGCCAUGGUGUAUGUAGUUCGUGAAGAGUGUGGUGGCUGGGGCUACCGCUGACAGACAGCAUUGAUUGAUCGACAGACGAUUUCCUUGUCGUUCUUUUUCACCGUUACCUGGUGCAAGCUCGCUCGGUAGCGUAUCUACGCUAGAUAUCGCGCCGUGCUCAGCUGAAUGGUAUCGAGGAGCCUUAAGAUGUCAUGGUAAAACAUUGGAGGCGUACUGUACCUACUUCGAAGAGAGUAUGUUUACCACACCGUGUUUCGCGCGACGCGACCAAUCAAUCUCUUUGAUGUCGUUUGUCAGUUAGCUGGUGAAUGUGAGUCCGGUCCUACAGGAACGAUUGAUGCGGUCACGUUCCACCACACAUACGUAUGUAAGUCUACUUAGCAUGCCGGAGGAAGCCGUCCUCCCUACAAAUAUCAAUAACGCGUCUGGUCAGUGGUCACAAGAG